AUGUAUUUGCACACAUUCGAAACAUCUUCUGUUGGUCCAGUCAAGGCUGAGUUGCUCACUCCUGAGAACUUUCUGCCUUAUGGUGGAGUGCUCAGCGCAGACGAACAAAUCAAGAAUGCUCAGGCUUCCAGUGCAAACUAUGGCACUGCUGUGAAGUUGCAUAAGGUGGCGCCUGUGACUAAUAAUUUCAAGAAUUGCAAGAGUGGAAAGCCUGCUCAGGCAAACUGGAACAUCUUCAGGUGCUCUGCUCCUAAGCACUUGAUCUCUGGCUCAAAGACAAAGAGCUACAAGUCAACGGUUCUUGAAAGACACCCAUACAGUUCUCAGACAUUUGUGCCCAUGGGCCAGGACUUGAGUAAAGUGUCGUAUCUUGUCGUUGUGGCAGACACAGACGAGUCUCUGCCUGAUAAACUUCCGAACCCAAAGCUGAUCAAGGCCUUCUUGUGCAGAGGCAACCAGUCUGUCACUUACGGUGCUGGCACCUGGCAUGCUCCUAUGGUUGUGAUUGACGAGAAGAUCCCUCACAUUGACUUUGGCGUGUUCAUUCAUGAAAACGGUGUCGCUGGUGAAGAUUGCCAGGAAUGCUCCUUCGACCCAGGCUACAGCAUCGAGUACGCCGACCCAUAUGCCGCAAGACUUUAA